UCAUACUUCUUGAAUAAUAUCUUCAACCCUUAGUCUUUUUGAUUACCGCUAAUACUUCUACUAGCUCUACUACUAUGUGAUUUGAAUUGACAAUUGCAUCUCUGUGCUUAUGUAGUGUGGCAACUUGAACUGGUGCACGUUCGUACGCACUAAGUUCUACGUUGUAACUGACUUGUUGAUGUUAGUACGAGUAAUGAUGAAUACUUACUGCGGAAUCUAACUUGUUCCGUAUAGCUCCAUUUGAAGAGGCUCGUAGUGUUCGUCCUAGAUCUAAAGAUGGUCAUAAUGAUUUUAGAUUACUGUGAUGAAUCGAUUGUUCCAUUGCGUUGUGUUAAAUAAAUGUAGUAAUUAUUGGGGCAAGUUUAUCUGCAUUAACUAGGUAAACUCUUUGUUUCAUCAUUUUAUUGAUGUCCUGAUUAUCUUUAAUCAACUGUUUAGUGAACACGCAUACUGCAUAUGAAAGGAAUAAUUUUGUGAAUAGUAUAUCUUGUCUCCGUUUUUGAUCGUGUCAGUUAAAUUUUGUCAUUUGACUGACACACAACUAAAGAUGGAAACUAUCCUAUUAGUUUUAACCACUGUAUACGUUUCCAAAGCUGCAUGUAAAUCUGCGGAUAAAAUGUUAAGUAAAAUAACCGUUAUCUCAGCUUUUAGUUUAUGUUAUGAUUCGAAGUCGCAGAGUUGUCAAAUGCAUGGAACGAUAAUAUUUUAAAAACUUUGACGAGUUCAAUCUUGGGUUCACAACUAUCUUCGCUCUAUUUUAUGUAUUUGAUUUUGCUCAACUUUCUGGUGGUUCAUUCGCUAUAUCCUUCAUACUAAACUAGAAAGUAUGAUGGUAAAGGAUAAGAAUCGUCCUAAACCACCAAUGACACCAUAUGCAUGUUUUGUGCAAGUAAUACGCGAAGAGCACCGGAAAAAACAUCCAACAGAAAAUGUUAUUUUCAGUGAAUUUUCGAAGAAAUGUGCGGAAAAGUGGAAGUCUUAUGAUCACUUCUCCCUUAUUGUUCAGCUCAUGAAUAUAGAACAACGAAAGUGUUUUGAAGAAAUGGCGAAACUGGAUAUGGACAGAUUCAAUCGGGAAAUGGCUCAUUAUAUACCACCAGUCGGGAUGAGGCGUGGUCGUAGACGGCGACGUAUCAAAGAUCCAAGUAUGCCUAAACGUUCAUGGUCUGCAUUUUUCUUCUUUUGCGAUGCGUUUCGACCGAAGAUUCGCAGUGAGCAUCCCGAUUGGAAGGUUAGUGAUAUCGCUAAAGAGUUAGGCAGACGAUGGGAAGAGUGUUCAGAUAAAGAGAAAUAUGAAAGACGAGCUCAGAGUGAUAAAUUACGUUAUGAACAAGAUAUGGAGAAAUACAAAGCUGGAUUAUAUGUAGCGACAAAACGUGCUCGAAUUUGCGAACAAACGAAAUCGAACGAGAUACUGUCAUGUUUACAUAUUCAGUCACAUCAUAAGCAGUUAGGUGAAACAAGUCGAAUUUCAAGUGAUGGAUUAGGAAGAGGUGAUGGAGACGAUGAAGAUGGCGAUGAAGAUGAAGAUGAUGAUGAUGACGACGAUGAAGAAGAAGGCGAUGGAGCGGAACAAGAAGAGGAUGAAGAUGAUGAGCAACAAUCAAACAGACCUAACACCCAUGAAAUGUCCAUUAGUGGUGGUCACAAAACAUCAGAACAACUUGUCUCCACCGAUACAACAAAUAGCAUUAUCAUAAAUACAGGAAAUUGAAGUGUACGAAUGAUUAUGUAAACUUUUUCCCUUCUCUCAUCUUUGCGUAUAUGUUUAACCAUAUAUUGUCAUCAAUUCAUCGUUAGUCAUUUUCUUUUUUUUGUAUUAUGUAUACAACAGACCCACCGAUACAAAUGCAUUUAUUUCUCAUCAUUAUUGAUUAUCUUUUCUUCUACACUUCAUACAGUUUUAUCUUUAGUUUUUUAUAUUAAUAGAUAACUUCUCAAUUAUGUACUAUGAAUCACAACCUCUACUUACUUCGUACAUCGUUUCGUUUUUUGUAUGCUAACUUAUAGUUUCAUAAUAUAGUCGUCGGAUUGGAUUCUAACGGCACUGGUUACAAUAACAAUCAUAAUCAUAAUUAAUAUCAUUGGUAUUAUUGUUAUUAUUAUUAUUAUUAUUAUUAUUAUUAUUAUUAUUAUUAUUAUU